GGUAGAGCUGGGGCAGCCCCUGGGGAGCCCCAUGGGGCUCCUGGCCAAAGCCGGCCCCUCCCCCCAAACUUCUGUAACGCCCUGCCUGGUCAAACCCCUUUCCCCCUCGCGAGGUCCCUCGUGCACUCUUCUCCCCUCCCCCUGGUCCUCCCUCCCCGCUGGCUCGGCCAUCCCGACCAGGGAAGGCGGGCGGAGCGGAGGCGGCCUCCCCGCACGGGAUCGCCUGGGGCGGGGUCCCUGCGGUUUGCGGGCUCGCCCUCCGAGGGGCCUGCUCGGCUGUGUGCAGGCGGAUGUGAGGAGCAUGUCAAUUGGCGGGCGGGGGAAGCGGGAUCAGGUUGUUACUACUGCAGAGAGAGAGGGAGGGAGAGGAGAAGAGCGAGCGAGCGAGCGAGCGAGAGCGCCAGCAAGCCGGGAGCUGCGGGCGGGAGGAGAGCCGCAGCGACCCGGCCGGCUGCGAAGUGGGAAGAGGGACCUCGACUUCGGGACCCCGGUAGUCCCCUCCGUGCUUCCUGUCCACCAGCUCACACCGAACUACACCCGAACGUCCCUGGCUGUCCCCUUCACCACCAUGAGGAACAUCUUCAAGAGGAACCAGGAGCCCAUCGUGGCUCCUGCCACCACCACCGCCACAAUGCCAAUUGGACCCGCAGACAACUCCACAGAGAGUGGGGGUGCUGGGGAGAGCCAGGAGGACAUGUUUGCCAAGCUGAAGGACAAGUUCUUCAAUGAGAUCAACAAGAUCCCCUUGCCUCCCUGGGCUCUGAUCGCCAUCGCCGUGGUCGCUGGCCUCCUGCUCCUCACCUGCUGCUUCUGCAUCUGCAAGAAAUGCUGCUGUAAGAAGAAGAAGAACAAGAAGGAGAAGGGCAAGGGCAUGAAGAACGCCAUGAACAUGAAGGACAUGAAGGGGGGUCAGGAUGAUGACGAUGCAGAGACAGGCCUGACAGAGGGAGAAGGUGAAGGAGAGGAGGAGAAAGAGCCAGAGAACCUGGGCAAGCUGCAGUUUUCCUUGGACUAUGAUUUCCAGGCUAACCAGCUCACCGUGGGCGUCCUGCAGGCUGCUGAGCUACCUGCCUUGGACAUGGGAGGCACCUCAGACCCUUAUGUCAAAGUCUUCCUUCUUCCAGACAAGAAGAAGAAAUAUGAGACCAAAGUCCAUCGGAAGACCCUGAACCCCGCCUUCAAUGAGACCUUCACCUUCAAGGUGCCGUACCAGGAGCUGGGGGGCAAAACCCUGGUGAUGGCCAUCUACGACUUUGACCGCUUCUCCAAACAUGACAUCAUUGGAGAGGUGAAGGUGCCCAUGAACACUGUGGACCUCGGCCAACCCAUCGAGGAGUGGAGAGACCUGCAGGGCGGGGAGAAGGAGGAGCCAGAGAAGCUGGGCGACAUCUGCACCUCCCUGCGCUACGUGCCCACGGCUGGGAAGCUCACGGUCUGCAUCUUGGAGGCCAAGAACCUCAAGAAGAUGGACGUGGGUGGCCUUUCAGACCCCUAUGUGAAGAUCCACCUGAUGCAGAACGGCAAGAGGCUCAAGAAGAAGAAGACCACGGUGAAGAAGAAGACCCUGAACCCCUACUUCAACGAGUCCUUCAGCUUUGAGAUCCCAUUUGAGCAGAUCCAGAAAGUCCAGGUGGUGGUCACUGUGCUGGACUAUGACAAGCUGGGCAAGAAUGAAGCCAUCGGCAAGAUCUUCGUGGGCAGCAAUGCCACAGGCACAGAGCUGCGGCACUGGUCUGACAUGCUGGCCAACCCGCGGAGACCCAUCGCCCAGUGGCACUCACUCAAGCCGGAGGAGGAGGUGGACGCACUUCUGGGCAAGAAUAAGUAGAUGGCAGCGGCUGGGCCUCCACGGACACUGACAAGAUCCAGAGCUAUCAAUACCUCAGUUAUGCGACCUUAGAGGUUUUCUUCAUUUGUUUGUGGUUGUGUCCUUGUUUUUCCUUCCUUUUUCUUUCAAGACCAACUUCCCUUUGGUGGCUGUGUGAGAGAGUCCCCUAAGAGGUGAAAGAAGCCUGGCUCUGUUCGUCGUCCCAGCAGCUGCCCGUGCUGCAUGCCCUGCCACGGUCCCCCUGACUCUUUCAAAGCUUUGUUUAAGCCUCACCCUGGUGAGGCCCUCUCUUGGCGGCAAAUCGCAGCACUCCCUGGUUUUUGUGCAUUCUGGACCAACAAAAUGGCAGCACAUCUUGUUUUGUGACGGCAAAGGCAACACAGUAGCCAAUGGGGUGUGUGUGUGUGUCUGUGUGUGUGAGUGUGAGUGUGUGUUUGAUAGUUCUCUUGAUCCCUGGAAUGAGCCAUGGACAGUGAACCCGUGAGGGAAGAGAAGGCUCUUCAGGGAAGCAAGGAAAUAAAGAAAGCCCACCAUCUGAGUAGGAGAUCCUCUCCCAGAAGGUGGAGACGGCUCAGCAUCCGGGGCAGAUGCCAGAAGCCUUCCUACUCCUGUGGGUAGCCAUUUGGGAGGCAGCAAGAUGUGGGGACUGGAUGUGUCCAGAACUAGGACCAAACCCCUGAUGCCAUCAUAGACUUCCUCCUGUCAGUCAUGGUUUCCCCAGAAGAGGGGCUUCUGGGACAUUCAUGGAAAUGAACUAUCACUAGAUUGAUCAGACUCUUAACAGGGACUGUUGGUCCCAGGAUCUCACUCUUGUUGACAAUGAACUUUGACCUAUGAAGAACAGAAGUCCUAUUACCCAGAAAGACCAAGAUGAAACUCCUGAAUCUUCACCUUGUUCGGCGGGAAACACACUUCCUCCCUCUCCAGAAAGUCGACAGCACGGUUCAUUUGCACUUACUCUCCAUCAUGCUUUUGCUUCUGUUCCUCUUUUCAUUUAAGUGGAGCAACACUGAAGACAUGUUAUCUGUACAGAGCCAGAGAACGUUAAAAGGAAGGCUUAAAUGUUCUUAGUUUCCCCGAGGUCCAGGUAAGAAGGGGGUGGCUAGAAGGGGAGGAUUAUGGACAGAUGGUGGAGAUUUUCUGAGAUGACACACAGGCGAGCACUGGGAUUCCUUCCAUUCCUAUUCCUUGCUCCCUGGACCCUCUGCUUUCCAUGCUUGGCUUAUGGAUCGCUAGAGCCGCCCAGGGAGAUAGGCGAGGAGGCCCCAGACUCACAUUCAUCAGAGAGAUGCCUGUCUGUGAAUGCCAACAUGUGAAGGGCAUUAAUUCAAAAUGGGUGGUGGAGGAGACCAACCAGUGUUUCAUUCAUUUCAUUUUCUUUCAUGGUGCUGGGGAUCAAACCCAGGGCCUCCUGCAUGCUAGGCAAGCUCUCCACCACUUAGCUAUAUUCCCAGCCCUCUGCCAGGUUUUCUACCUGCUCAGUGUGUCCCAGUCCCUGUUCACUUUUUGUCCCUAGCGUUGAUAAAAAGCCAUAUAUAUGUUAGUCAGGUUUGCACUGAGUUCCCUUCCAAAACUUCAGCAAGGGCAAGAGAGUCAGGCCCCUGUGUGGCCAGAGGCCAGCCCUCCUUGGCCCCCUUCCUCUGACCUCUUUUCCAUCCUUAAAGUCCUCAGGCCCUUGGUAUUUCCUUACCAUAGAAAACUCAGCUUCUCCAGAAGGCUGGGAAUUGCUCUUUCCCAGCAAAAAUGGCAGAAUUCUUCUCCUGCCCCGUCUGAGCCACUUCAGCUUCCUGUAGGAACCUGACACAGAUGGACAGUGAUGGAGUGACUCAGGCUUUGAGGACUCAGCAUGAAGAAGGUGCAGAGUGUCUUUUUAUUCAAAAUAGUCAGGGAGGAGGGUGUUUGGUUUUGCUUGACUUUAUUUUUUGGUUGAAGUAGGGAGUGAGGGAACGCUUCCAGCAGGAGCAGACUGGGAAGCAGAACUUGGCUUCCCUCUCUGAGUUCCCUCUCCUUCCUGCCAGUGGCCCUUGGUACAUGGAGGUUAUGUAUUUUAUAUUUCCCGCGUGUGAGUGUGUGUGCCUGUGUGUGAUUAGCAAUGGAAAGGUAGCACUCUGAUAAGGAUUAUGAGCUGUGGUCCUUGGGACCAGAGUUGUGGUCAUGGUAGAAAAUUGUAGGAUAAUAGGGUGCCUUCGGAAUCAAGGUGGCCACAGAGUUCCAGGGUCUUGGUGUGGACACCAGAAGUCACUGGACUCUUCUCCCCUCCCCAGAGCUGAGGCAUUUUGGUGCUUUCUCAGGGUCCUUCCUCGUGCUCCUCCUCACCCAUGUUCCCCUCCCCCACGUUCCUUCACACCUCAUUCAUGGAAGCCCCCUGUCAAUCUCACCCCCAAUACCUCUGUUCUUCUGCCUUCUCCCAACCCACUUUCUACACCUGGGAUUCUUCGCUGCCCAUGAGCUUCAUGGAAUCCUUCUAGAGUCCAAGAUUUUCCACUUCCCAAACAGAGAUGGAAAGUAAACCUCUGGUGGUGUGUGUGUCCCUGGACCUGGAGAUAGAGGCUGGAUUUUCUUACUAGAGCCCCCCUGGGGUGGAGCCUGGAGGAGACAGAUUGCUGGCACCAGUGUAAGCCAGGGUGGGUGCUGGGAGCACUUCCUCCCUCAGGUCCCUGCUGGUUCUGAUGAGCUCCCAGAACGGGAGAUCCACGGGUCAGGUGGGGACGUGAGUUCUCUGUACCUGAUGGCUGAGGAAGCCACCACAGAGCGUCCUUCCAAACCCCGACUGCUCUGUGACUCUAUUCCUGGGGAUGUUAGGGUCCUGAGUGUCAGAGCUAAGUAGGACAGAGUUAGGUGUCUGGCUAGUGAGGGGUUCUGGAUGCUUCUGGGUCUGAGUUUUCAUUCCAAAGUCUGUUCCAGAGAGGAAAAUCCCUAGUAGAGAGAGGCUUUUUUUUUUUUUUUUUUUUUUUUUUUUUUUUUUAAAUACAAAGUGGCUGAAACUAUGAAAACCCAAACCCAGAACCACUCAGAAACUUGGGAUGAGGGCUGCAGCUUUCUUCCUGAACUGUCAUUUUAGAAGGAAGACAAAGUGCCAGAACUACAGGCAGACAUUGUAGACUUUGGAAACGGAAGCUAAGGCCUGGGGGAGGCCCAGCAGCCUGACAGGGAGCGGGUGCUCCGUGUGAACGAGAAGCUGCUGUCCUAGAGCCCUGGGCUGGAGGUCGGGCAACAGGGAUCAGGCCACACUUUCAGGUCCCGGUCUUCUUUUUUAUCAAGAAACCAGACAUAGCCCGUGUCUCUGCAGAAUCAGAUUUGAAUGAUUUUGCUGGCCCGGGGCUUCACCGGGAGAAGAGGGAUGGCUGCGGGGUCUCUCAUAAACCCACCUCCAUCUGAUGGGGUGAGGGUGGGUGGGCUGGAGACAGCAGAGAGGCUGAGAAACCUCCCCUGGCUGCAGGAGCGAGAUUCCUAGUUCCUUUAAUGUCCCAGGCUAUUGUUGAGCCUUCAGUCCUGGUCUCACCUGACCCUGUAGACAGCCUGUCCCUGUCCUCAUGAGGAAGAGAUGGGGCCGGGGACUGCCUUCUUACCCGCUGCACUGCCCCUUUCCCACCUCAGGCUGGUUGUGGCCUUUCAUCAGAGCUGUGGGUGGUGGCAGGCAGGGAGCCCUAAGUCCUUAUCCUUGUGGCACAGAGUCCCAUGAUCUAUAGUGCCACAUUUGGCAAGUGAAAAUACAGGAUGGUCAAAUUUGAAUUUCAGAUAAAUGACACAAUUUUUAAGAAUGUCCUAGGCAAUAUUUGGGACAUACUAUACUUAAAAAUGGUUUAUUGUUUAUCUGAAAUUCAAGUUUAACUGACCAUCCUGUACUGUGUCUGAUGACCCUAUCCCCAUGACCACUUCCCCCCUCUCCCACUCAGUCCCAGGGGGCCAGAGAUUGGUCACCAUGGAUUUGACUUAACCUGUUUUUUGAAAUGCAAUAUUGAGAAGGGGACACUGUGACUUGAAGAUACAUGAAUAUACUUUAUUUUUUAAGUAACAACAAAACCACCCUUUGAAGCCAUUUGAGCCUCAUCUGACCCCUGCCAUGUGCGUUUAGUUCUAUAUUAAAAGAAGAUAGUAAUCUAUAAACAUACGAACCCAAUCUUGUUGAACCAAGAUGCAUGUCUAUAACCUUCUGUAAAUAGCCGCAUGGCAAUGCUGAGUCCCCUCGGUCCCCCAACCUCAGGCCUAUUUUACAGAACUGGUCGAGGCUGCUCCUUCUCUUUUCUGUUGUGUGGCGUCUUUGUCCCCAGCCCCAUGCCCGCCAUUCCCCAUUGGGAAUCCCACCAUGGGAGCCGUGAGGGGACAGGAACGGGUUUCCAGCCCUGGUGCCAGCCCUGUUGGAGGAGAUGCUGGAGGACACCGUGGCCCCGGAGGCCUGUCUGCAGCGCAUCUAUCGGCAGGGCCAAGGCACGCCACGCCCCGCCUGCUGUCUGGUGUCCACUGUUUCUGUGUUCCAUGUAUGUGUGUGGCGUGGAUCCCUUCCUCCCGCUGUCUGAAUUAACUGAAAAGCCAUAAAGGGGGCCUUCUGCUGGAGACUGCCCUCGGCCCCUCCCAGGAGCCCCCAUGUCCCUCCGACUGGCUCCCCACAGAACACUUGUGAAGGGCUCACCUGUUGUCAUCCCCUCCUGCUCCCUGGGCCCUGUGUCUUGAGGACGGACGGUGGCCAGGGCUUCUGGUGGGGCCUUGGGCGGUCUCCCUGGUUGACUUUGGUCUGAUGGCUCCACCCCAUUUCCACCCUGACAGUGCAGUGGCAGGAUGCCAUAGUCUUGGCUACUUUCCUGAGGGCCCGGUGGAGUCAACGCGGAUUUUCAGGAGCAGCCAGUCAGCAGCUCAGUCUGAGGCCAGCUUUCCAUUUACUACCCUGGGUCCACACACCAGCCUACUUGCCACUGAGGUGUCAGGGGCCAUAAAUGGUAAUGGAGGAGGAACUUGCGGGGGGAGAACCCAGGGAUCGGUAGUGGGCUAAGCUUUCCCCCCAUCUUCUUUCUGUGGUCUGAGAGCACCCCAAAAGUGUGGUGGUCCCAGGGCUGCCAGGUUCCUCCAGAAGUGGUGGGUAUGUGUGGUGGUUAGGGACAGUUCAGAAGACCCUUGGCAGAACAGGUAUGUCCUGGGCUCUGGCCUUCACACUGGCUCCCAGGGCAGCCCCAGGCAGGCACAGCAAGCAGCAGAGACGUGGGCAGAGGGGCCUGAAGCCUUUCACGGUCCUUGGUUGAACUGCAGUCCCCAGCCUGCAGCCCCAGGCCCCCAGAGCACCUGAGGAGAACCAGGUGGCUGUGUUAGACAAGGCCAGAGGCCAGAGGGUGGGCUCUGCCAGUUCUAAACCACAACACCGGGGCACGCAGAAAUCCCAGGGACCUUUGUGCUGGGAACAUGAAGAAGGUGGAAAGGACCUUGUCAGAACAGGCUGGGAUCAGCUCUGUUGGUCCUUCCCACUCUCCAGAGACAGGCAGAAAUUGAGGCAAGAGUUGGGGGAGAGUCUGGCAAGGUGGCAGGAUCUGUGUGUGGGGCAAGGGAGCAUCUGCUCUGCCUGUCCGAGCAACCCAGACCUUAGGGGGUCCUCCCUAGAGAAGCCUGACCCUUAGGCCCUGACUCUGCUCGUCUAAGGACUUGAUUGGUUGCUUUCUGAAAACCGAGGGGCCAGAAAAGUUCCAGACUAGGCCUGGGGCGGAGGGUUGCCUGGCCCAGCUCACCCUGGAAUACCUUGCCCCACCAGGAGCCCUCCUGUCUUCAUGGGAGAGACACACGUGUAGCCCUCAUCCCCAGCCCCCUGCUUGGCAAUGCCCUCCACCCCCUUAUGUGGACUCUGUUGUUCUCGUCUGAUCUCUUGUCAAAUUGUUAUUUUGUAAUGAGCUGCGUCUCCUUAUUAAAGAAAUGAGCUGAAAGAAA